AAGCAAUCCAAAUUCUGAAAGAGAACAACAACAACAACAACAUCAUCAUCAGCAACCAUGUUUGCAAAGAGGUUGUUGCACAAGGCCGUACUGCACCAUUCUAACCACAAGUUGCAGCAUGGUACUUUGCAGCCAAGUGAAUUGGAUCCCAGAAUUGUCAUUCACUAUGGCAUUCCAUCUACUGCUUCACUUCUCGCCUUUGACCCCAUUCAGCGACUUUUAGCUAUUGGGACAUUGGAUGGAAGACUAAAGGUGAUUGGCGGUGGUAAUAUUGAAGGACUUUUGUUUUCUCCUAAGCAAUUGCCUUACAAAUUUUUGGAGUUCCUACCGAACCGGGGGCAUUUAGUUGGCGUCUUAAAUGACAAUGAUAUCCAGGUUUGGAAUCUUGAGAGCCGGAGUCUUGUUUGGUCUUUACAAUGGGAGUCCAAUAUUACUGCUCUCUCUGUAAUCAGCGGCUCACAUUUCAUUUAUGUUGGAGACGAGCAUGGCUUGUUUUCUGUGAUAAAGUUCGAAGCUGAGGAAGGACAACUUUUGAAGUCAUCAUAUAAUUUGUCUGCAAAAUUUCUAAGGGAAGCUGCCGGGUUUUCAGAUCCCAGUGACCACCCAAUAGUUGGAAUUCUUUCUCAACCUUUUUCUUCUGGGAACAGACUGUUGAUUGCAUUUGAGGAUGGGCUGCUAAUUCUUUGGGAUGUUUCUGAAGCUAGAAUCGUGUUCCUUGGUGGUGGAAAGGAUCUCCAAUUGAAGGAUGAAGGUGGUAACUCUUCUACCGAACAUGACACUGAUAUUAUAGAACAAAAUCUGGGAGACAAAGAGAUAAGUGCUCUUUGCUGGGCAUCUUCCAGUGGGUCCAUUCUUGCUGUGGGAUACUUAGAUGGAGAUAUCCUUUUCUGGAACUUAUCAUCUGCAGCACCUUCUAAAGGUCAACAGACUUCUUCAUCUAAAAAUGUUGUUAAGCUACAACUUUCGUCUGCUGAAAGAAGACUCCCAGUCAUUGUCUUACAAUGGUCCAACAGCCAUAAAUCCCAUAGUGACUCUGAUGGGAACUUGUUUGUCUAUGGUGGUGAUGAAAUUGGAUCUGAAGAAGUUUUGACUGUUUUAACUCUUGAAUGGUCAUCUGGGAUGGAGUCAUUAAGAUGUAUUAGUCGUGCAGAUCUUACACUUAAUGGCUCUUUUGCAGACUUGAUUUUACUGCCAAGUCCUGGAGCAAUGGAGUUAAACAGCAAAGAUGAUCUUUUUGUACUGACAAACCCUGGACAACUACAUUUUUAUGAUAAUGAGAGCCUGUCUGCAUCAACAUCUGAGCAGAAGAGGACGCCAUCAGUAUCUGCUCAGGAGUUUCCAUUGCUAAUACCUCUGGUUGAUCCAUCUUUGACUGUUGCAAAACUUACCAGGUUGCCUAGUGAGUUAAAUUCAUCGAGAAUUCUAGCUGAGGUUGCCUCAGUUCUGAGAACUGGCUCAACACAUGGUUCAGCUACUCGUUCAAAUUGGCCCUUGACUGGGGGUGUUCCCAGCCAGUCGUCCACAGUUAAAGGUGCUGGGGUUGAGAGAGUUUAUGUUGCGGGUUAUUCUAAUGGAUCUGUCCUUGUGUAUGAUGCCACACAUCCAGUAUUAUCUUAUAUUUGCUACAUAGAGGGAGAGGUCAACGGUAUAAAAUUGGCUGGUUCAAAUGCUCAAGUGACAAAAUUGGACUUCUGCCCUGUGUCCUUACUUUUGGCUGUGGGCAAUGAAUGUGGUCUUGUUCGCAUUUAUGACCUUAAAGACCGCUCUGAUGGGACAAAUUUCCAUUUUGUCACUGAAACAAAAAGUGAAGUCCAUGACUCUGCAAAAGGAAAAGGACCUCAUUGUACUGCUGUUUUUUAUCUUCUUGGUUCUCGAGUACAAGCAUUAUCAUUUACAGCUCCCGGAACUAAACUUGCUGUUGGAUUUUUAAGUGGUCAUGUUGCGGUCUGUGAUAUGACUUCGUUCUCAGUUUUGUUUCGUAUUGAUGGUGUACCUAGCUCUAGCUCUCCAAUUACUUCAUUGGUUUGGAAACAACGAGCAUGCUGUCAAAGUCCUGCUAAUAGUUUAAAGCAAUCAGAAACACCUUCAGGCAACUCUCUUGAAGAGAUACUAUUUAUCUUAUCCCAGGAUGGAAAAAUUAAUGUAGUUGAGGGUGAUACUGGUAAAAUGAUCUCCAGUCGGCCAUUACAUGUGAAGGAAUCAACUGCAAUUUCAAUGUAUGUUAUAGAGGAUAGCAUCUCAACGUCUGAAGCAUCAAAUGACAAGCAGCAGGAAGAACCCUUAAAAAAUACUGCUGGUGCUAGCCCUGAUGAGCCUGUGCCAGAAAGUAACUCAACUGGGGUAAAUUCAUCAGAGGCUGAACAUUCCUCUUCAGAAACCACAUAUUCUGAAGAUUUACUUUUGGAUCCACUUGUUCUGCUCUGCUGUGAGAAUUCAUUGCGCUUGUUCUCGGCAAAAUCAUUGAUACAGGGACAUAAGAAACCGAUUCGAAAAGUGAAACAUUCUAAGUCUUGCUGUUGGACUACAAUUUUUAAGAAAGAUGACAUUUUUUGUGGGCUUCUGUCAUUGCUUCAGACUGGAACAUUUGAAAUCAGGUCUUUACCAGAUUUGGAAUUGGUAGCAGAAAGCUCUUUAUUGUCAAUUUUAAGGUGGAAUUAUAAAGUGAAUAUGGAUAAAACCUUGUGUUCUGAUGAUAAUGGACAUAUUGUGCUGGAUAAUGGUUCUGAAUUGGCAUUCAUCUCAUUACUAGCUGGCGAAAAUGAUUUCAGGAGUCUGGAGCAUUUGCCUUGUCUUCACGAUAAAGUUCCUGCAGCCGCUGCUGAUGCUGCCUUUAGAUUCUCUUCAAAUCAAAGGAAAAAACAGAUUACUGUACCUGGGAUUCUAGGUGGUAUUGUCAAAGGAUUUAAAGCUGGAAAAACCUCUCAAACAGAUUUGACUAAAAUUCCAACCUCCAAUUUUGGUCAUUUGGAAAACACUUUUUUUAAGCCCCCCUUGCCAGAUUCCCUUCUAACAGCGGGAGCCGCGGAAAAUAAAGAAGUGGAGCUUGAUAUAGAUGACAUUGAAAUAGAUGAACCUGAAACUAAGGCUUCUACCUCAUCUCCUGAUGUUAAAAACAAACAGAAAGAUAAAAAACUACAUGAUAGGGAAAAGUUACUUCAAGGUGGGACUAAUGAUGAAAUAAAACCAAGACUUAGAACACCUGAAGAAAUUAUAGCUACUUACAGAAAAACUGGGGAUGCUGCUUCAGUUGCUGCCCAGGCAAAAAACAAGCUUAUGGAGAGGCAGGAAAAAUUGGAGAGAAUCAGCCAACGUACUGCAGAACUGCAAAGUGGAGCUGAAGAUUUUGCAUCAUUAGCAAAUGAGCUUGUCAAGACCAUGGAAAGGAGGAAAUGGUGGCAAAUAUAGAAAGAAAAAACAAAAAUCUUUAUGGCUUUAUUAGCUUGUCUAUUGCGUGUAUUUAUUCUUGUAUAUUAUAUAUUUGUGGCUUAUGGCUUUGUUUUUUGUUUCAUUUGUUGCAUAGAAAUAACAAAAGGAGAUUACAGAGAAUAGUGAUUACUGAUUCAUGAUAACUAGAAAACUUAUGUGUAGGAUGAAGCUUCUCAGGUUUUGAUAUUUUUUUUUUUUUUUUUUUUUUUUUGAUAAUCACAGGUUUUGAUAUUUAGAUUUUAGAACACAGUG